AGCACUCUUUGAAUAUGACGAUGACUGGCUGCCUGCACUCAUCUCCCAUCAUCUGCAUCGAAAUCGAGAGUUCAACCAAUCGUUAAGCAGGAUCAAGAAAGCAUACCAAGUGUAUAUGGAUAACUAUGUAAGCCCGUCGGGUGCUCUCUUGGCCAAGCCAUCACAAGAGGAAAUUAAGUUUUACGGUGUAGAAGAAAUGGAAAAUGCCUACCUCAUGAUAAAUAAGGUUGAUGUUUUCAAGAAAUUUGGUAAUGCCUACAACUUAAUCAACCCGGUACAACAGUUCUGGAACACUUCGUUCACUUUCAACCAAUUCCUGCGUCACGUGGGCUGGACCCAUGACAUGGCCAUGCUCGAUGAACACACAGAGAUGUGUUAUCAUUGCCGGAUGAGGUCCGACUACAUCCUCAAGCUGGAGACGAUCCAAAAAGAGAUACAACACUUGUUCUGCGGGAUGCUGGGCUUCCCGGAUGAGGUCAGCUUCCCGGUGAAGCACCAGAGCUACGCCCACCGCCUUAGCCGUUCUGACUGGGAGUACUACGCGAACGUGAGCAGCGAGAUGAUGCACCGACUCUUCGAUGUUUACAAGCACGACUUCGCGAUUUUCGAGAACAGUCGUGACUUGUAGUAUAAGAUACUGAGAUGGAAAGGAGUUUGCUUUGUUUACGAAAUAGUUUUAUUAGUAAUAUUGCUAUAUUUGCUACUAUAUAUUAGAUUUUCUGUAUAGCUUACUAGCAAAAUAAAUA